AUGGAGACCCUGGGGCCACUUCUCGUGAUUGCCGCCUUGUUCCUCGACCCCGCAGAGGCCCAGGAAGGCUCCACACGCCUGAAGCCCUGGCUGGUGGGCCUGGCGGCCGUCGUGGGUUUCCUGUUCAUCGUCUUUGUCCUCAUGCUGGCCAACCGCGUCUGGUGCUCCAAACGCAGAAACGAAGAUGAAGAGGAGAACAUGGUCAGAAUGGAACCCCACAUCUACCAGGACAAGGGUGAGAAGAGGAAGAAGAAGGAGAAAGAGGACAGGAAAGACGAGGAGGAAGAGGCCGAGAAGACCAAGGAGAAGGCUGGCAAGGAAGGGAGGAGCAACUUGGGGCUGGAGCUGGAGGAGGAAGAGGACAGCACAGACAGCAGAGGCAAGAACACGGCCAUGCGGCGGAAAACCGCCAACCCAGCACAGCUGGGACAAUGGCCUGGGAGAAGCUCCGUGCAGCCCCUGGAGUCGUCCCUCCCCUGCACGCCUCCUCAGUCUGGGUUCCGGAGGAGGGAGGCGCUGGACCGCAGGUCGGAGGAGCUGUGCAGGGGCCGCUGGGACUGCCCAAGGGUUGGAGUGAAGAGAAUGGAGGUCAAGGGUGGGCCUAAGGAGACUGGAUGCUCCAAUGCUGGGACCCUGGAAGAGGGCACCCCCUACUUCCCCCGCAGUGGCCACACCCACGUCCUCUAUGGCUGCAUGAGGCAGAGGACAGUCAGACCUGGAUGGAUGGAUGGAUGGACAGACAGACAACACGUCCUGCGCACGGCCCUGGUCCUGCGGCGGCUCAGGCCUCGGGGAGAGGAAGGAGGGUUCCCAGAGCGCUACCCUGGGGGCGGGGCCUCCCCCCUAUUCCCCAGCAGUCACCCAUGA